GGCUCCUCAAUCAUCGUCGUCACUCCCUCGUAUACUAUGCAAGUAAUACAAGUAUACUACAUCUACAAGUCUCCUCCUCCUCUCCUCUUCUUAUCUGUCGUCUCUCAGACGUGUGCUUAUUAGCAACGUAGAAACAAUUAACACCGGAACAGAAGAAAUGCCGGCAGCAGCAUCUCUGACUCUUCCUCUUCUUCCUCUCUAUCCUGCUGCUACCGCUACAAACGCUAUAACCAGAAGUACCUCCCCAAUCAGAUCCAGAUCAGCUACUACUUCGUCAAAUGUCAUAACAAUUACCAGAUGCAGGGCCGCCAGGGGAAGGCCGAGGAGCGUGGUUGUUUGUUGUUCUGCUUCUAAUAAUACAAGUAAAGAAAAUGCUAGCAGUUCAACUUGUAAUAUCACAGAUUUUGAUCUGUACGAUCUCAUGGGGAUCGACAGCAGUUGCGACCGCUCACAGAUAAAAACAGCCUAUCGCAAUCUGCAGAAGCGCUGCCAUCCGGACAUCGCAGGUCCAGCAGGACAUGACAUGGCCAUCAUCCUCAACGAAGCAUAUGCUCUUCUCUCUGAUCCUAAUUUACGUUCUGCUUAUGACAAGGAGCAAUCGAAAAUCGCACAGCUUCGAGGAUACACAGGGAAGCCAAUAUACUCGGCAUGGUUUGGUUCAGAGAGCGAAGAAAGGGCGGUUUUCGUGGAUGAAGUGAAGUGCGUUGGAUGCUUAAAAUGCGCAUUAUGCGCUGAGAAAACAUUUGCGAUAGAAUCAGUUUAUGGAAGAGCCAGGGUUGUAGGACAGUGGGCUGACCCUGAAUCCAAAAUCCAAGAGGCCAUCCAGGCUUGUCCUGUCGAUUGCAUCUCGAUUGUGGAGAGGGAAAACCUAGCAGCUCUAGAGUUUCUAAUGUCAAAGCAGCCACGAGGCAGUGUAAGAAUAGGAAUGGGGAAUGCAGCAGGCGAGCGCGUGGCCAACAUCUUUGUUGAUGUCAAAAAGUUUCAGAACACAUUCCAGGAUGCAAAAGAUAAAGCUUCUAAGUCGUCAACAGACCUACAAAGUGAAGCAAGACUAUCAGCUAUUCAAGCCAUCAGAUCAAUCUCCAACUGGUUGUAUUGGAAAACACCCUAUUCCUCCUAUUCAAAUGCAGCAGGUGAUAAAUCCACUACUCCUCUCCUAUUAAUGGCUGGUAAAUCCAAGGAUCAGCCAAAUAUUGGCAAGCUCCGAGAUGCAGCUGCUGCUAGGAAACAGGCAAGAAAUCAUCAGACCACAAGGCCCCUCCAGAGUAGUUCGUCAAGUAACGAGGAGGACUACUAUUGGAUGCCAUUAACCAAUGCUCUUCCUGCAGCAGCAGCAGCAUCAGCCUCAUCAACCCAAAACAACAACUCCAACUCAUCAACAACGGUUUCAGCCUCAUCAUUAGACGAAUGGAAGCCAACAAAUAAUAAUGCUGUCGGUGAUAAUGGUUAUAGAUCACAAGUAGCACAAAGGAGUCCCAACCCCAUUAGAUGGUUGGCUCCGAUGGUGCCAGCAACAUUGAUGGCUGCAGUUGUAGGUUUACAAGGUGGAGACAGGGCGGCUGUCAGUAAUGGAGGAGGGAUAAAGGAGCAUAUAGGUGGCUCUUUUGCGCUGGAGAUAGUUAACAGUUCUUGGUUACAGAUCCUAUUGGUUGCCAUUACUUGGUACAUCAUUGGCACAAUCAUUGUAGGAAUUGCAGAUGCCUUUCAGAGCAAGAAAAGUUAGGAGGAUUCAUAAAUCAAACUUACAGUAGUUAAUCAUAAAAAAAAGUGACAAUUACAUUGUUAUAUAUAUAAUUAAUUUAAUUAA